AUGGUGUACAUUAAGCGCUGGGGCGAAUUCAAGGCGCAAUCAUUAGACUUAUGCAAAAGAAGACCAUCAAAAGCACGCCUUGUAUUAAAAGCGCGUCCAAAAACACAAUUGCUGACUGUGAAGGUGACGGAUUCCUCAAUCUCGCUGAAUUUUCGCUCGAAGUCGUCGAUUAUUCUGAAUCGACUGGAUGAAUUUCAAAGAGACAUGUUUGUGGUCAUGUCUGGCAUCACACCAACCAGCCCUAAGCAAGAGUCUUCCGGAGCACAUGCUACUGAGAUGCAUGAGGAGACAGCUACGAGCAAACCAACCACUCAAACAAGCCACGCCAAAUCGGGCAAGAAGAAAAAGAACAAGAAAAAGUAA